CGUGGUCCAUACACGUGUCGAGUCAGUUUGAGGAUAGAUGGGGCUGUAGGGAAGCACAAGCACAAGAAAAGGAGUUGCUAUUUGGACCGACAUUUCGACAUAAGGUCUUGUAAGCUGUGUUCGUCGUCGACAAUUUGAGAGGCAGCUUUGGCUGAAGAAUAUUUUGGGUCUGCUGUUUGAUUUUAAUAAGACAUCUGUCUGCAGACACCAGAGCACAAUGAUGAAGUACAUCCUGGUAACUGGAGGAGUCAUCUCAGGUAUUGGCAAAGGCAUCAUUGCGAGCAGCGUGGGCACAAUCCUGAAGUCGUGUGGCCUGCAUGUGACUGCCAUCAAGAUCGACCCUUACAUCAACAUAGACGCAGGCACAUUUUCACCCUAUGAACAUGGGGAAGUGUUCGUGCUGGAUGAUGGGGGUGAGGUGGACUUGGAUCUGGGAAAUUAUGAACGUUUCCUCGACAUCCGGCUGACCAGAGACAACAACCUGACCACUGGCAAGAUCUAUCAGUCGGUCAUCAACAAAGAGAGGAGGGGAGACUACCUGGGCAAGACUGUGCAGGUGGUGCCACACAUCACAGACGCCAUCCAGGAAUGGGUUGUGAAACAGGCCAAAGUGCCCGUCGAUGACGAUGUAGAACCUCAAGUUUGUGUAAUAGAGUUAGGAGGCACGGUUGGAGACAUAGAGAGCAUGCCUUUCAUCGAGGCCUUCAGGCAGUUCCAGUUCAAAGUGAAGAGAGAGAACUUCUGUAACAUUCACGUCAGUCUGAUUCCACAGCCCAGUGCAACAGGAGAGCAAAAGACCAAACCGACCCAGAACAGCGUCAGAGAGCUGAGAGGACUGGGUUUGUCCCCUGAUCUGAUCAUGUGUCGCUGCUCCACUGCCCUGGAGAACUCGGUCAAAGAAAAAAUCUCAAUGUUCUGCCACGUAGAGCCUGAACAGGUCAUCUGUGUGCACGACGUGUCGUCCAUCUACAGAGUACCGUUACUGCUGGAGAAUCAGGGCGUGGUGGGCUACCUGAGCAGGAGGCUGAAUAUGCCCAUAGAGACUCGACCCAGGAAAAUGCUGACUAAAUGGAAGGAGAUGUCUGACAGGUCCGACAGACUGUUAGAGCACUGCUCUAUAGCGCUGGUCGGGAAGUACACCAAGUUUUCUGACUCCUACGCUUCUGUCAUCAAGGCACUGGAGCACUCAGCCCUGGCUAUUAGCCAUAAAUUGGAGGUUAAGUAUAUAGACUCUGCAUAUUUGGAGCCGAGCACUCUGCAGGAGGAACCAGUGAAAUACCACGAGGCCUGGCAGAAACUGUGCAGCGCUGAUGGUAUCCUGGUUCCAGGAGGUUUUGGUGUCAGAGGAACUGAGGGAAAGAUCCAUGCCAUCAGCUGGGCGAGGAGCCAGAAAAAACCUUUCCUAGGUGUGUGUCUUGGGAUGCAGUUAGCUGUGUGUGAAUUUGCCAGGAACACGCUGGGCUGGAAAGAUGCCAACUCAACUGAAUUUGACCCCGAAACAAAGCAUCCUGUGGUGAUCGAUAUGCCAGAACACAACCCCGGGCAGAUGGGUGGAACCAUGAGACUAGGGAAGAGACGGACCAUUUUCAAGACUAACAACAGUAUAUUACGCAAACUUUAUGGAGAUACAGAGUAUGUGGAUGAAAGGCACCGACAUCGCUUUGAGGUUAACCCAGAGCUCAAGACUCACUUCGAAGAGAAGGGCUUCCGCUUCGUAGGUCAAGAUGUUGAAGGGGAAAGAAUGGAGGUCAUAGAGCUGGAUGACCAUCCAUAUUUCGUUGGAGUGCAGUACCACCCUGAGUUUACCUCUCGCCCCAUCAAGCCAUCACCCCCCUAUCUUGGUUUGUUGCUGGCCUCUGCCGGGAAGCUGCAGAGCUACUUACAGAAAGGCUGCCGCCUGUCUCCACGGGACACAUACAGCGAUCGGAGUGGCAGCAGCACCCCAGACUCUGAGAUAUCAGAGUUGAAAUUACCUUCUAUCUCAAACGAAUGACCUCGAGAUCUGGACGUGUUGGCAGGUGAACUAAGGAUUUCCUACAGCACUGACCAAGGCUCAUUUGUUCUCAAUGCAGCUGUGAAUGAAGUGUCGCAGUCCUUCAACCUACUUUACUGAAACAUUGCCUACAUUGAGGUUCAGGAAUUGUCUUUUGGUAAAAUGCAGCUCCACGAUCAGAUGUUACUCUAUUAUGGCCUUACUGUAAUUACUGUUUGCAUCUUAUUCAAACCAUGUCUUAAUUUUCCUUUAAUGAGAAUCAAAGAUUGAAUAAAGAGAUUCAAGGUA